AUGAUCGACAAAUCUCAAUGCCAAACUCACACCCGCACUCCCUGGGGCUCAAACCCCCACCGCUACGACUACCGCCUCCGCUACCUCAUGAUGGGCCUCCUCUGUGUCUGCGUUCUUGCCGUCUUCAUCGUCAGCCUCGUCAUACUCGGCGACCGCGCCCUCAAAAACUACCAGAUCGUUUCCUCUGGCGACGAAAGCCCCACGAUAACGGUUGGGCCGCCCUUAUCAACUCCUUAUAACGCCACUAUUACGAAUUCUGUGGCAAACGUUACCACAUAUAACAAGAGCGGCAGGAUUACAUGA